AAAGGAAACAGAAAAGAUGCUCCCAAGAAUGAAUAUGUGGUGAAAAACAAAGAGAAGAAGCCCAGCUUAGAAUCUUCAUUUGGAAAAAAAUUACAGGGACUGUACGUGUCUGCUCUUUCUGGUGAGCCUGAAAAUCCUGUGAAUGGGGAAAAUGCUUCAGGUGAUGUUCAGCCAGCUGAUGGACCACCCCUGACUACUAACCAGGGGUCACCUCCUGAUGCUAAUUCCGCUGCUGCUGCUGCUGCUGAUGGUGAAACUAAUAACUGUGUAAACACUGACAGCACAGCAGCUCAGCUUGCAGCGUCAUCUCCUUCCACUGCUGCAGACGGUGAUACACAAAACUCUAUUGACCGUGAGGAUGCAGCAUCUGAGAGGAGUGAGAACAGAAAUUCUGAACAACAGCAAAGUUUAACUGCCUUUCCAACCCAAGUGGAACUAGAGCCUAGCGCUGAUCAAGAACCCACAGUGACAGCUGGUGAAGAAACACGUCAACAAGAGGAAACAAUCAACUAUGAAAAUUUUCUUGGUGAGUAAUUUUCCAUUUUGCUGUGGGAUGCUGCUGUGGACGUUUCGCACGGAGGAACGUCUGCGACUCAGCGACAGAAAUUCCAUACUGAUGAUGCAAAUCAAUGUUUACAUAAUAAAUCUGGUAGUUAUAAGGUUCCAAAUACAAAUUUGUCCAAUUUUUCGUGUCUUUUGGUCGAUUUUGGUGAAGUGUUGUGUCCAUCUGCCAACAAGCUCCAGUAAAACUCAAAUGCUUCUUCUAGAGAAGACUAUAUUCCACAAAUAUUGACUCUUUUGUUAGAGAUUCUUCCCAUUUACAUUUUGACCUUUGUGGCCUUUUGUCUUUUGUCUGUCAUUCGUGAACAAUAGCUAAAACAAAGUAACUACUUUGUCAACCAAUCAGCGCUUCUGACCGGAUUCUAGACAGAUUUUCCGUCAUCAGUAUGGAAUUUCUGCCGCUGAGUUGCAGACAUUCCCCCGCAUGAAACGUCCCCAGCGGCGAAGAGCGAGAAGAAAUGGAUGUUUUUGCAGGCUAAUGUAAACUUUGCACUAAAUAGCCUUUUGAAGCUAGGUGAGCUUUUUUCUGGUCACUGUCGUAGGCUUUAAUGAGCCAAAACUGCUGUUUGGAAGUUGAUCACUUCGUGGCCUUCUGUUUAGAAACGCAAAAUAUCACUUUCUGAAGUUUGGGCAUGCUUAAAAAGCAAAAUUAGACUUUGGUUUCAAAAAUGACAAGCAGUCUUGACUGUUACUUUUCACUCCCCCCUUCUUUUGCUUUUCUUGCACCAAUUUUUUCUCUUAAUGGGUAUGCAUGAGGCUUCAUUUGGGUACAAAAAGUUUUUAGGAUCUUAGGAUUAGAUGGAUGGAAAGGUAGGUGGGUUCUGGAACAAGAUGUUCAUUGGAAUUGUUGGGUCAAAGUUGCAUGAUUCUUACCUUUUUCUGCCACCCCCUUGACUGAAUCAUGCUCAUUCUGGUAUGGUUUGAAAAACCUCUUCACCCUGCACAAGUUAGAUGACAGAGUUGUCCUCGACAACUGAUGACAUAACAAGGGAUAGAAGGGACACGCAUGGAUCCUCACACGUGAUUAUGCCAGUUCAGGGGCAAAUGGGUAAUAAAGAAAACAGCUUAUACAGAGGAGAAAUGUGACAUAACAUUGUCAUGGUAGCAAAGAUUUUGGAUCACAACAAUAAAGAGCUUAAGAAAGGACAACAGUCACAAUAACUAGAAGGGCAAAAAAAAAAAAGAGAUUAACAAAAUAACAACUUUGCAUGUGCACCCAUUUUUUUUCUUCUAACAUGGAAAUUCCUAAUUUCAUGCGCCCGCUCUAUGGAUUUAGUGAAUACAGUUUUUCUCUUUUUCUACUUUCAGAUACGGUACUUUGGGAUUCAACCCCAGAGAAUUUCGCUAACAUUUAGCAAAAUGAAAGUGAAUAAGAUCAAUGAAGUCUGGAACAGUGUGAAUUCACUUUUUAAGGGAUGUUUGGUUUGUCGUCAUCCAAAAUUUUGCUACCAAGGCAACACGAAGUAACAUCUUUUCUCUAUUGACUCCAAAGGUUCUGUUAAUUGUUGAGGAAAAGUUAAGUAGAUGCAUUUGAGCCAAAUGGCUUAUUAGCCUGAAGGUUAACCAUGCAUGGAUGCAUGCAUGUCCAUCACGAGGGUAUCCCCAGCAUUAAAUUUGCUGAUACCUAUUUAUAGUCUAUACACCUGGGUGGAGUGAGGUACUGUGAGCAGUAAAGCCUGUUACCCAAGAACACAGCAUACUAAUGACCCCAGCAGGACCUCAACUUGGGGUUCGUUUUUCGAAAGUCCUGUUAUAGCUAAUGGGCGUGGAAUGCUACAGUUGUUUGCAUUCAAAAUCAAGGUUUUAAUACAUUUACAGAUAAUUUGAUAAGACUCUCUGCUAACAAAACAAAAUGUAAUGGUUUCCUUGCUUGUCUUCUUUAGAUUUUCAUUUGAAUAAUUUAUUUUGGGCCCAAAAAGUUAUAGAAUUUUCUAGGACCAGAUUCCUGGAUCUCUUGAUACAGAGUCUAUAGCACUUACCACUUGGUCACUGUGCCUCGCAGUAUGUUAUGUUAAUUGUUAUGUUAUGUCGGAAAGUCCUUAAAAAUUUUCUUCCAGUAAAUGUACCAGCCUGCUGAAAUUAAAGGCUUCUUCUUUUUUAUUAGUUUCAGAAAAAAUAAAUGGCGAAAAAUUUAUUCAGGAUAAGCUAUCUGUUUACCUUGAUCGCACUUCUCACCGUAUUAUAAAAAACUGGGAACACCUUGCCUGUACUGAUGAAAUAAAUGCCCCUCCCAAAGUUCGGCUUAAAUGUAAGAUGGUCGGAGACAACAGCUGCACUAUGAUGCUGUUUGAGGUGCUGACAUCAGAAUUUGAGGAUAAAGCCGUAAAGGAUUUGAUAGAUGCACUGAUCAGGAUAAACAGAAAUGAUGUAAAAAAGAUCAUCACAGAUGCUUAUCCAAGUAUGUUUACUUACCUUUUUUUUCACUAUUUUUUCUAACCUUAUACUCUUUAGCCAAAUACUAAUCUAAGAGUCUUUUAAAUGCAAACUACUUCUUUUCCUUUAAUGUAAUGUUAAGUACUAACAGUUGACUCCUGGCAGGUUGAACAAAGUUGCACACUGGGUAACCCAUGACAUCAUGUCAAACUCUUGCAAUAGCCAAAUGCUAACCUCAGUCUUAAAAUCUUUAGAAACUGGCUGAUUUAAUUUUACUUGUCCACAUGUUUUAACAUGCGAGGCAGUAGAUACAUAUGUAAGUGCAAAAAUAUUGCCCCUGCUUAUUACAGGGUAGUAGCUCUGGUCCUUUGAAUGGAUUGAACAGGAAGUGGGAAACUCUUUUUGAAAUGUAUUGAUAUUACUAGAAAAGCUAGCCAAAAGUAAGUAUGGGGUGGGACAAAUUCCCAAAGCUCUCUUUAGGGAUGAUAUCUUGAGAAUUACUUCACAAAAUACGGACUACGAUUUUGAAAAAAUUAUUGGUUCCCUUGUAAGGUAAGGUAUUGAUCCUUUUUUCUAGGGUACAAACAGUCCCUUUCAUAAAAAAUAUAUCUCCUUUUUUAACUCAACAGAUGCUGCAGAUUCUACAGAAAAAUUCAGUGACUUUGUUGCUCGUCUUGAAAAUAGUGAACUUAUUGAAAAUAUCGCCACACUGUUAGACCAGAAAUCAACUGUGGUUCGAAACUGGUUUCAUCUUGGUCAACAAUUUAAACUUUCAAAUGAAACACUGAAAGAAAUUGAAUAUGGUCCCUUUAGUCCAACUGAAGUCCUAAUGAAGUCCCUGUAUUCGAGGAAAACAGAUUUGACUAUUGGGAAGUUUUAUGAUGAAGUAAAGGAGUUGAAGCGACAUGAUGUUUUAAAGAAGCUGGAUCCCUUUAUUGUUGGUGAGUUGAAAACUUGGACAUUUUAUACCAUGCUUAUUCCUUGGACUGAACGAGUUGCAAAUAACCUUGAAAGAAAGUUCAGUGUUCUCAAGAUUGAUUUUGAGUUGAGGCUGAGAAAGGACUUAAUUUUUUAAAUUUUAAGCUGCUUUGAGCUUCCAUACAUUCUAAGGAUGUCCUUAAAAUAACUGAUUACAUAUAAAAUAUUUUCAUAUAAUAUGUAUGUGACCCAAAAGGGAAAAGGUUCUUAAUAUAAAAAUAAUAAUGUAAGAUUAUGAAUAAGACAACUUAUAUAAUUGAUUGGAUAUACACCUGAUUGAAAAAACGUUGUCGCUUAAAAAGUAUAAACCAUGAAUGAUGGGACCUAAUGGAUUUAUGGGUACAACUUUAUUAGCAUUGCAAAUUUAAAGUUCUUCUCAAAAACUUUUACAUUUAAGAAGCUUUUCGCGACUAUGCAUUCCAAAAAAUGUGAAACGGUUUCCAGUAUUUACGGCUCACAACUUCACCAGUGCUGGACACAUAAGAGAUUUCUACAGUUAAAGAGCGUAGCCAUAUCGCUAACGCACACUUGAAAAUCAUAAUAUAGGACCUAAAAGCGUUCUUGGAAGACAAAAAGAGACAACAGCAUUCUAGCGUUUUACACUUGCAUGACUCUGGUUCUUUCAUUUCUCACUCAAAAUUUCUUAGAAGACAAGACAUGUACGUUUACUCUCUGUGAAGCAUUAUGUACUCAGGGAACUGAAGCAUAAUUGUCAUGGAGUGUUUUCACAUGACGUCACGGCAGCCAUAUUGAUGUUCCAAACCAAUCCUGUGAGAGUUGAAUUCUUUUCUUAGAGCGGUUUUCAUUUGAGUGUCGAAAAGUAAUUGGUUUUGCACUUUCUACACGAUGCGAUUGGCUUAAAAGAUUCGCGCCACCUUUUCAUCCAAUCAGAAGUAAAACCAAAGCCAAUUGUGACGCGCUCGCAUGCAUUUUCCCGCGCUUUGCGUCAGCCACAUGUAAUUACUUCGAGUUUUGAUUGGUUCAAUGUAUUGUCUGUGUCCUAUGUGAUUGGCCAGAGUAAUUACUUUGGUUUUGGUUUUACGACACUCAAACGAAAACCACUCUAUGUAAAAACUUUCUUUUGUUCCAAUAAAUUUGCAUAGAUGCUGAUCACGUGAGUGAAAACGCUCUGUAAUUGUUAUAAUUUUUAAAACAACAGGGGCAAGUGACAGAGAUAAGCCAAUGAAAAACGUCAUUGGAUUAGAGUCAGACACCAUGAGAAGCAUUUGCAUAAGCCUGAACAACCCUAACAGAGCAAUAAAGAACUGGAGACACCUGUGCAAGUCCCCUGCACUGGGAAUCCCUGAAGACGUGUACAAGGACUGUGAACCAGGGAAGCAAAGGAGUCCAACCGACUUACUGUUUGAGUGGAUCUUUGGAAAUAAGGUGGAUCUAACAGUUGGUCAGCUCUGCAGUGCUCUUGCAAAAAUAGACAGGAAUGACAUAGUAAGAGAUCUACGAGAGUAUUUUGAACGAAACUCACCUGGCCAUCUGGGGCAAAGUUAA